AGUGGUUAGAAUGUCACUAGCGCGCAAUGUCUGGAGCCUAUGAGAGACUGCUCGCUGUUCCUGUCAACACAGCUGAGCGAUGACUCAAGUUUUAGAGUCUCUGAAAAAGAUCCAUUUGUUUAAUAUAUGCGCAUUCAUUUGACAGAUAUUUGCCGAAUCUCGAGAAGUUGGAAAAUCUAAUAUACCGAGAAGCGCUUUUUUCCCUCCUUAUUGGACACAUCGCUGGACCGAAUAUUCCUAUACGUAAUCUAGAUUCCACAGGAAGUCUGUUUUGAUGUCUGCGAGGGUGUUGCCUCUAUGGCUGUGUGGACACCUUACUCUGGGUUACGGGCUCUUUCUAAUUGUGGCCCUUCCAGACUUCACCACAGGCAGGCCAACGAACUGCACCCACCCUCUGGUGCCAGAGCAUGGGGGCUUCCGCUGUGACCCCACCCCGUGUCGAGGCUUCCCCCAUAAGAGCUCCAUCCAGUACUUCUGCGAGCCUGGCUACUCGAUGCCGCUGCGGUUGCACAGGUCACGCUGCGUCUACGGAGAGUGGAAGCCCAGCGCGCCCCCCUGUCUGCCCACGCGAGACAGGCAUGUUAAUAAUGAGGACCGGGGAUCCCAGUCUCUCCCUAGCGUUGCCACGACGGCCGUGGGUGUUUCCAUAUUUCUCCUCACCACCACAGCCUGCAUGGUGAUUAAGUCCCGCCUUUAUCCCUGUCACUCACACAGCCGGUGCUCCUCUGACCAGGUGGAUCUGAUGGUGGAUGGUCUACCUGUCUCUCUGCCCACCUAUGAGGAGGCCAUCUACGGAAGCUGGGGCCAGCGUCUGCCACCAUGCGGAGGGCCCGCCCAGCUCCUUUUGGCCCAGGAGGCCCCUGGUCCAUCAUUAGUUCACGACCAAUCAGAUUUCUGUCACCGGAUUCCUCUGUCCAGUCAAAGCCCAGAGAUGCCACCACCCGCGUACGAGGACAUCCAAUCCCAUCCCAGACAGAUUCUCAAUGCCGGGGACAUUCAGGUUUUACAAGUUGCACAUUCCGAUGACAAGUGACCGGUGGAUUACUCACUAAUGUUGUUAAACAUUGAACUCAGGUACUUACAAAGACUCAAGCCUACCUGCAUCGAUCCACUUUCUUUUCAGGUAUCGACUUUAUGCAUAACAGACAAGUUGUGAUUGGCUGUUAGUAAUGUUAUAGGUUACAGCCUUUUAUAUCCCAUCAGUGAUGGGGCCUCGGUUGUUGAGGUGACGUAAUGUUUCGUUCCAUGGACAUGCACCUCUGCUGUGACUCUGUCGUUUGUUGAGGUGACGUAAUGUUUCGUUCCAUGGACAUGCACCUCUGCUGUGACUCUGUCGUUUGUUGAGGUGACGUAAUGUUUCGUUCCAUGGACAUGCACCUCUGCUGUGACUCAUUGACUGUAUACUGUGGAUUAACCCAUUCUAGGUAGGGGGUGAAUGGAGCUUGGGUUUGCACUCCUUUGCUCUUGUUGAUUUAUGAUUUGCAUUGAUGGCAGUGUUUUGGUGUUGACAUGGACGCCUGCUGGUGACUGAACAGCUGAUUCAGACGAACCAGGUGCUGGCCAGUUUAGGAGUACAGUCUGUUGGGACUGGCUUGAAAACAUAUCUAGACUUGAGCUCUGGCUACAGCAGGAUCCAGCUUCAACUGGCUGUUUUUGGAGUGUUACCUGACUGACCAAAUGGAGAAGUUCUAUUUCCUACACCUGCCAGACAGGCACUUGAACCCAUCCCCAAGGCCAAGUUUACCCCAACCCUCUGUUCUUCACAGUCCUAUUCACACCUUCAACUUCUCAUGUAUCGGCUUUCAGCAGAAACCCCCAGCCUUUACUUUAUUGAAUGUUUUCUAUUUAAUUAUUUUAAAUAUAUUUUUUGUAACAUUUAAUAUAAAAAUAUAAACUUUGUACAUUGCACAAAAAUAUAUACUGUAUAUUAAAAGUCAAAAUAUUUUCUAAUUGU